UGUUAAUUAUUUCUGUGUAUACUUCAGGUUCUAUGCUACCUUGGGGCUCCCAUAAAGGCCCAGUGAUGCUGCCUCCAGACUCAGAUCUCAGACCCGGAGAGUUUGUUAUGAGACUGCUGUUUACAGAGUUCACAGUCCAAGCGGAACGAAAAAUGGAAGCUGUCAUGGCCGAACCACUAGAAAAACCUUUGAACAAGACACUGCAGCGUGGCGAAGAUCCACAGCUGGAUCAAAUACUAUGCGCGUUUGGAACCGUCGCCGAGCACUGCUUGCCGUCUCUCCUGCGCGCCUUGUUCGGCUGGCUGGAGAGGCAGAUGGCUGACUCUCCUCAACUUAGCGAGCAAGCGAAGAAACCGCACCAGGAUCUAAGAAAUAAAAGUAUUAUCUACAUCGUGUCGGGCAGCGGAGCUGGCACGGAGGCGGUGGAGCGCAGCUGCGAGGAGCUGCAGGCGGAGAGGCGAGACCUCGCCGUCGAGUUCCUCUUCUGCCUCGCUCUGAUCGAGGUCCUGAAACAACUGCCGUUUCACCCAGGCCAUGAAGAUUUGGUCCAAUACAUUGAAAAUGUAGCUUUUAAGCGUUUCAAUUAUAAAGAAGGAUUGCAAUCAAACCCGAAUGCCGCUAAUGUGCACAUAAUAGCUGAUCUCUACGCGGAAGUAAUCGGAGUUCUAGCGCAAUCUCGAUUUGCUUCAGUCAAGAAGCGGUUCACUGCGGAACUUAAGGAUUUGAAAUGUCGCGAGCCUUCGCCGCAUACGACACAAAGUAUUAUAUCCCUUUUGAUGGGUAUGAAGUUCUUCCGCGUGAAGAUGGUGCCCAUCGAGGAGUUCGAGGCGUCGUUCCAGUUCCUGCAGGAGUGCGCGCAGUACUUCCUCGAAGUCAAAGAUAAGGACAUCAGGCACGCCCUGGCGGGCUUGUUUGUCGAGAUCCUAGUUCCGGUCGCUGCCACGGUAAAGAACGAGGUGAACGUGCCAUGCCUAAAGAACUUCGUGGAGAUGCUAUACAGCCACACGCUGGACGCCAGCACCAAGUCGAAGCACCGGCUCGCGCUGUUCCCGCUCGUCACCUGCCUGCUCUGCGUCUCGCAGAAACAGUUCUUCCUCGCGAACUGGCACUGCUUCCUUGCCAUGUGCCUGUCGCAUUUGAAGAACAGAGAUCCCAAGAUGUGCAGGGUGGCCUUAGAAUCUUUAUAUCGCUUACUAUGGGUUUACAUGAUAAGGAUAAAAUGCGAAAGCAACUCCGCGACGCAAUCUCGACUCCAAAGUAUAGUCAACUCACUGUUCCCCAAAGGCUCGAAGGGCGUAGUACCACGUGAUACUCCUUUAAAUAUCUUCGUCAAGAUUAUACAAUUCAUAGCGCAGGAGAGAUUAGAUUUUGCUAUGAGAGAGAUCGUGUUUGAUCUCCUUAUGGUCGGUAGACCGAUUAAAAUAAUAAUGACCCCGGAAAGAAUGUCCAUUGGUCUACGUGCGUUUCUCGUCGUGGCAGACAGCCUCCAGCAGAAGGAAGGGGAGCCGCCCAUGCCGCGCACGUCGGGGACGCUGCCCUCGGGAAACACCCUCCGCGUCAAAAAGACGUUUCUCAAUAAAAUGUUGACUGACGAAACCGCGCGAUCUAUUGGAAUGAGCGCAUACUUCCCGUACGUGAGGCGAGUUUUAGUGGAGAUCUUGAGAGCUUUAGACGCUCAUUAUGGAAGGCCGCUAAUGUUGACUAAUACUCAAAACGUGACGAAGGAGCAAGAAAUAAAUACUGGCGAAAGAAAACCGAGGAUUGACUUGUUUAGAACAUGUGUUGCUGCUAUCCCAAGACUGAUUCCCGAAGGCAUGAGCUCGAGCGAACUGGUGGACCUGCUGUGCCGGCUGACCGUGCACAUGGACGAGGAGCUGCGAGGCCUCUCCUUCCAAAGUCUGCAGACCCUAAUCGUGGACUUCCCCGAGUGGCGGCAGGACGUGCUGGCGGGCUUCACGCAGUUCCUGGCGAAAGAAGUCCAGGACACGUCGCCGCAACUGGUGGAGAACGGUCUGCGCAUGCUGCUGCAGCUGAUCACGAGCUGGAAGAACGGCGAGCCGGCGCCGGCGCCCGCCGCGCCCAAGCCGGAGCCCCUGGCCGCCGUCGUGCGCGGCGCGGAGGCGCUCGCGCUGGUCAUGCUGUGCCAGUGCAAGGCGUACCCGCGCCGGCUGGCCGUGCACAUACUGAGGGAAACGAAGAGUCUCCUGGAGAAGCUCGGGCUGACGGCGGAGGAGUGCGCGCUGAUCGACGCGGCGGACGCGCACGUGCCGGCGCUGGCGGAGCGCUGCCUGCCGCUGCUGCCGCCCGCGGAGAAGCAGGCGCUGCUCGCCGCCGGGCAGCCCGACCUGGUGUGCGUCGCCGAGCGCAGCCACGCCGUGUGGACCGCGGGUAUUCAACAUGACGAUACAUCAACUAAAAACAGUUGGAGUGGCAGUGCUUCAAACGGGGCAGAUCCUUGGGAGGUGAUCCUGUUCGGUCUACUGGAGCGCUGCCGCGUCCCCUCCCGCUGCCCCGCCACCGUGCUGCACGCGUGGCCCAUACUGCACGCCCGGAUACAAGCGUUAUACACGAUCAUAGAGCCUGCGCCCGUGAACGAUAAUCGCGCGUCACUUUUGUCAAGAAGCCCAGCUCUACCAAGAAAGCCAGAAAAGGAGAGGGACGGAUAUAUGCAGGUGUGGAAGUACUACAUGACGAUGGCGUACCUGGUGGUGCCGGCCGUUCCAAGCCCGGUGGUGCGCUGCGCUAGCCCCGACCUCAGUCUCAGCACUGACGCGGAGGCUUGGCUCGGGGGCGCGGCGCUCAGCUCCUCGAGCGAGAGCCUCAACGCGCCGGGCGGCUUCUUCACGCUGCCCUUAAGCUAUGCGCGCGGACACAAACAUCACAAGCGGACGAGUUCGUCGCCGGACUCGCUGAGCGAGCGCAGCGGCGGCGAGGCGCGCGGCGCGGCGGCGCCGGCCGCGCUGCACAAGCUGGCGGUGCCGCUGGCGCGCUGCGAGGUGCCCGAGGUGCGCGACGCCGCCAUCGCCGCCUGCGGCAACAUCAACCCCGACGCGCUCAAGGACCUGAUGGAGGAGCUGGUGCCUCUCCUGAGGGAGGCCGUGGACCGCAAGCAGGAGAACAUGCGGCGGCGCCGGCGGCGCGACGCGCUGCGACUCAACCUCAACAAGAUGCUGCUCCUCAUAGCGCAACGCAAGACCUUCGCUAGCAGCCCGUUCGCGCUAGAAGGAGGCAGCUUGCACUCGUCGCUCACCGAGUACCUGGACGGCGUGCGGCAGUGCUUGGAGGUGGAGGCCGAGAAGGAUGCCCCGGCGGCCAGGGAGCAACGACUUACCUUCGCCGACUUCGUCACGGAACUUAUCAAAAGCUUUCCACUGGACAUGUAUGGCUCAUUGAUGAAGAAGGACCUGUGCCGCAGUUUAUUUUCUCUCUUCUCGGGUUGGUGCGGGCCGCUCGCCAAACAUUUAGGCGCCCUCGUUCCUCAACCACCUACUCAGGAAAACGAUGAACGACUCAAUCUAUCCGCCUUGAAGGCAAUGAGUGCACUGGUUUGCUGCGGCUCAUGUUUCGCGCCGACAGCCCUGGCCGAAGACGGCUCGCUCUAUCCCUGGCUGAGUGAGAUGCUAUCUUCCACUAACGAUAAGAUCUACGAAUUGGCCCGCGAGACGAUAGUGCUCCUUCUAGACUGCAACCCCGACAUCGGUCCUCUGCUCGACUGGUCGGUGGACAAGUGCUUCACGGGGCCGCCGCGCGUCGCGGACGGCUGUUUCAUGGCGCUCGCUACCAUAUUCAGUGCCAGAGAGUACCCGUGCGACCACUACACGGCGAUCAUCAACGUGACGCUGAUGUGCACGGGCUGCCCGCGCGCGCCGGUGCACGAGAGCGCACUGCAGCUGCUACAACUGCUGGACAAGCGCUUCUUCGGCACGGUGGGCCCGCUCCCUGCCGCUGACCCGGACAACGCAGGAUCGGAGAAGGGGCGAGGGACCCUGGACGCGCUCCUGUGCACCACCUAUUGCCGCUCCCAGUUGUACCUCUCGCGGCAGCUGGCUCAGUUGCACCCCGAGCUCACCAUGCCUAUGUUCUCAGAGAUUACGGAGCGCUUCCAAACGGCCCGCACUGAGGUGCGGCAGCUGCUGUUGCAGUACUUGUUGCCGUGGCUCGUCAACAUCGAGCUCGUCGACCCCAACGUGCCGCCGGCCAACCCACUAUCCUACAUUCAGUAUUACACGUCAGAAGCUGGGCGGAGUGGGCGGCGCGAGGGCCUCGGCUCCGCUGAGGCGACGGAGAUGGUUCUCAAUAACUUGUUUUACAUCACAGCGAAGUUCUCCGACCAACAUCCGAAAGAAAUUGAGGAGCUGUGGUCAACGCUAUGCGCAUGUUGGCCCAACAAUCUCAAAGUCAUAAUACGAUAUCUAAUUAUAGUAUCGGGGAUGGCACCUAACGAACUGUUACCUUAUGCUAAGCGCGUAGUGCUGUAUCUCGCGCGCUCGCGGCCUGAACGACUCCUGGACGAGAUGAUGACAGAACUGCAGACUGUGGAGACGCUGAACUGCCUGAUCGAGCGCACAGAGACACCGCCCUUCUACAGGCUCACCUCCAUGAGGAAGGCAACCUCGGGACACAGCGACGGCCCCGGCACCGGCUCACAGGACGCUACAGGUCGGACGGGAGAGCUAGCGCCCGUAGAAAAGGGAACGAUUCACACAAAGAGACACAGCGGCGAAGACCCCGCUAAGGCGAGUGGCGGCAAAGCUGUUGACUCGGUAGCCCGCGACAGCCGUGCGGCGGACAAACGCGCUUCGGCGCCCCCGUGCGCCACGCCGCCCGCCGAAGCCGAGCCUUCACCCUCCGACGGCGAUGCCACUCCGACGGGCUUGUGCCCCGAGCUGGGCAUGGGCGGCACGCCGGCGGGCAGCGCGCCGACCACGCCGCAAGAGCCGCGCAUGGACGUGCCGCAGCCGCGGCCGCUGCCCAUGCCGGAGUACGGCGGGUUCUUCGCGCGCCUCACCGAGUACCUGCCCGACAGCAGCCAGCCUAUCUCGGGAUUCCACAGAUGUAACGUGGCGGUAAUGCUGCUGUGCGACGUGGUGCUGGACGGCGUGGAGCUGGACUGGUCCAUCCACGUGCCGCUCAUGCUGCACAUCGUCUUCCUCGGCAUGGACCACACCAGGUGGAUUGUUCACCAGCAUUGCCGGCAAUUGCUGCUAAAUUUGCUAGUGGCGGUGGCAGCGCACCACGACCACUUGACCGUGGCGAGAGUCUUGCUGGCCAGCCGCUCGGCGCAGCUCGGCCUGGGCAUACCGCCCGCCUUACCCCUGGUGCCUCACAACUUCACAGAACCGGAUGCCGUAUUCGACAGCUAUUUACAAUGCAACGGACACUCGCCUCGGCCGCACCAACCAUUAUCCUUUAACUCGGACCCACAAGUCACGCCUGAAGGUGAAGGCGACCACUACCCGUCGCUGCCGGUGAUCGUGACGGAGGGCGAGGGCGAGGCGGAGGGCAGGGGAGGCGAGGCGGAGCCGGAGCCCGCGGAGCUGCCCGUGGCCGACGUCAUCAAGUCGCUAGUGCACUUCCUCGCCAACCGCCCCACGCAUAUGCCGCUCUGGCAGUACGAGGACAUCACUGCCAAAGUGUGGAGCCUGCGCAGCUGCCAGCAGAUGGCGACGCUGGUGCGCCACGUGCUGCGCGUGUUCCGCGAGUCUCUGCCGCUGGCGCUGGUGUCGGAGCGCUGGGCGCAGACCGCGCUGCAGCUCGGCCUCUCCUGCCCCUCCCGCCACUACGCGGGCCGCUCGCUGCAGGUGUUCCGGUUCAUUGGCGUGGCGAUGACCGGGCGUAUGGUGUCGGACAUAUUGUCGCGGCUGGUGGAGACGGUGGCGGAGCAGGGCGAGGACAUGCAGGGCUACGUGACCGAGCUGCUGCUCACGCUCGAGGCGGCCGUCGACUCGCUCGAGUCCAACUUCAGGCCGCUCGAUUACAUGCGCGACAUAUUCAAGUCCACGCCCAACCUCAACAACAAGGACGGCGGACAACCGGCCAACGGUGGAGCGUUCUCGGCUGGCAAGCGGUCCCCCGGCGUGUGCGUGGGCUGCGUCAGCAACCACACGCGCAGCACCAGCUACUCCGUGUCCUACUGCGUGCGCAAGAACGCGCCGCCCUCCAGCGCCGACAAGCAGACGCACGAGACCCGGACUAGGCCCUGCAGCGAAGCAGCAAAGGGUAUCUGCUCAAACUUGUGUCGCUCCAGAUCGGCGCAGUCACUGAAACUGUUAGGCGACAGUGCCACCCAGGACGACAAGCUGACGAUCCUAGCGACGCUGUUCUGGGUGGGCGCGUCGCUGCUGGAGUCGGACUACGAGCACGAGUUCCUGCUGGGCGUGCGGCUGCUGGCGCGCGUGAUGGCGCGCCUGCCGCUGGACCGGCCCGACGCGCGCGACCGCCUCGACCGCACGCAGGCGCACACCUCGCCCUCGCUGCACUCGCUGCUGCUCAAGGGCUGCACGCACCCCAACACAUACGAGCCGGUGGUGGGCGUGCUGGCGGACAUGAUCCCGCUGCUGGAGCUGCCGGUCAUCGACCCCACGCAGUCGCUCGCCUUCCCCAUGACCGUGGUGGCGCUGCUGCCCUACAUGCUGCUGCACUACGAGGACGCCAACGAACUGUGCGUGCGCGCCGCCUGCCACAUCGCACAAUUCACGGCCGAGAAGAGCAAGAAGCUGGAGAACCUCGGCACGGUGAUGACGCUGUACUCGCGGCGCACGUUCAGCAAGGAGAGCUUCCAGUGGACCAAGUGCGUCGUCAAGUACUUGUGGGACACCUACUCGCAUCUCUCGCUGCAAAUGCUCGCCUUCCUCGUCGAGGUGCUGGAGAAGGGGUCGGCCAGCCUGCAGCUGCCGAUCCUGGCGGUGCUGCACUGCAUGCUGUACUACGUGGAGCUGAACGCGCCCGCCGCGCAGCCCGUCAACGCCGACCUGCUGCGCGUCGUCGCCAAGUUCAUCGACGAUGGAAAUAACUAUAAAGAAGCAAUGAAAAUCCUGAAGCUUGUGGUGACCAGAUGUUCAACGUUAGUUGUGCCUCCGUAUUGGGACAGCCACGCAUCUUCCAUUCUUGACACGGAGCUGCAUGGGAAAAAGGAACUCCCCGGGCGAACAAUGGAUUUCACGUUCGACCUGAGUCAGACGCCGGUUAUAGGGCGAAAGUAUCUGCCCAAAGCGGGCAGCCAGCCCGCCACCGGGCCCAGCUCGCUGUCCAACGCCUCCACCGUCACAACCGACAAAGGAUCGUCGACUUCUGCGUCGGGCUCGGCGUCCACGGUGGUGGGCCCGGAGCCGGCGGCGGGCGCCGCGCAGCCCGCCAGCGUGGCGUCGCCGCGCCGCUCGCUCUCGCUGUCGCCGGCCGACGCGCUCGCCUCCGGGUGGAAGAGACCCUGGAUGUCGCAGAGUCGAGUCCGAGAGUGUCUUGUAAAUCUUCUAACGACUUGCGGCCAGAGAGUCGGCCUUCCCAAGAGUCCAUCUGACGAUUUACUUACCACUUUAUGUUCGAAGGUGAUAUUCAGCCAAAGCUCGGAGCUGCUGGAGCGCGAGUCGUCGAUGGCGUCGUCUCUGGAGGAGGUGUCGGGCACGCCGGGCAACGAGCCCUCCGGCGGCGCGCCGCCCACCGACCACUUCGGCGUCUUCAAGGACUUCGACUUCCUCGAAUACGAGAGCGAAAGCAUCGAGGGCGAGAGCUCGGACAACUUCAACUGGGGCGUGCGGCGGCGGCUGCUGAGCGAGGAGCGCGACGCGGGCGCCGCGGCCGAGCGCAGCCCGCCGCAGCCGCCGCGCGCCGCCGGACACCCCAGCGCGGCGCCGCCUAAGCUGAGCGGACACGAGGACUCGUCGGACGAGGAGGGCGGGUGGGAGGAGGGGGCGGCGGGGCGCGGCGGGGACGGCGACGCGGGCGGCGGCGAGCUGGCGCUGCGCCCGCGCACGCACUCCUUCUCCAGCGCCUCGAGCGGGGAGCCCGACGGCGACCGCGGCGACGUGACGCCAGUGCCGGGCGCGAGCGCGAGCGCGAGCAGCGGCGGCGGCGCCGUGCGCGACGCGUGGCGCGCCUCCGUGGCCGCGCUGCUACGCCACGCGCAGCACAUGCAGCCCAUGGCGCUCGUGCACCGCCUGCACACCGUGCUCAAGGAGGUGACGAUGAAGACCGUGUCGUUGUGCGGCGAGUGCGGCGGCGCGCUGGGCGCUUGGGGCGGCGGCGAGCUGGGCGCCGUGCUGGAGCGGCUCGCGGCCGAGGAGCCGCCGCUGCUGUGGGCCGCGCCCGCCGCCGCCGACUGCGCCAGGGUGCGCGACGCCGUGCGCUUCGCCGCGCUAGAGAUCAACGAACACCUAGAGACAUACUUCGAUAGACGGGAACAUGCGUUAGAGGCAAUGGAGGUGUGGCGGGGCAGUCCGCACGAGGAGGUGGUGCGCUGCCUGUACAAGCUGAUCUUCCAGCUGCUGCUGCUGCUCGAGACCAACAACAAGAUGGUGGUCGCCGUCUACCACGCCGCGCUCGACAACCGGGGCGUGGAGAUGAGCAGCGCCGUGAUGGCGGUGCGCGCGGCGCUGGCGGCGGGCGGCGGCGGCGGCGCGCUCGACGCCUGGCCCGAGCACGCGCCCGCGCACGACGACGCGCGCUUGCUGCACCUCAUGCAGCGGCAGAGAUGGAGCGCGGCGCUGGCGGUGGCCCGCGAGCGCAACGCGGAGCGCAUCCUGGAGCGCGGCGAGCUGCCCGAGGACGACGCCACCAGCCUGCUGCACGUCUACUGCAAGCACCUCGCGCUCAACCACCCCGACAUGGUGGCGAUCACGCGGCCCGUGGGCGAGCUGUCGCAGAACCUGUCCUUCAUGAUGGAGAGCCUGUACAAGGUGUCGGUGGCCCUGCAGCGCCACGACUUCGGCUAGCCUGCACCCAACACCAAAGCGUCUAGAUAGGUAUAUCUCAGCACCCUACGACAGCUAUACGCCUUCAAAUAAUCCUUUAGCUAAUUAGAACACCAAAAUAUUCUCACUCACCCUAAUUUUAAACCACAAAAUGUUCAUCAUUGAGCUGACAAAGAAUAUUUAAUAGUAAGUUAUUUAAUUUGACUAGGUUUCUUUUAUUUAUAGGAAGCGCCGUUGAUGUUCCCAACUCACAAUGACAAUAUUUUAAGCACUUUAUGUCAGGAAUUGUAAGGAUAGAUGAUGUCAGGAUGUAUCAUAAUAUGUAAUAGUUAGAUCAGACUGAUUUUACGAAGUACCACAACUUUUUUUAUAAGCUUUUGGCAUGUUCUAGUUAAUUUUCUUGGUCUGCCCUAGGAGUGUACUUAAUACUAUCGAGUCGUCGUCUAUUGUUCCUUCAGUAGAUUCGAUUUUUAGGGUUCUGUACCAAAAGGGUAAAAACAACUUAUGGUUAUGGUGCGACUCUGUCCGU